CACGUACACGCUGACGUGGACGAAGAAGGUGUACCUCGUCAAGUUCUGCCCAGAUGGCCGCAAAUGCGAAUUGUGCCCCCUCCUCGACUCCGACCAUGACCCGUGCAGCAAAGUGAUGGUGCCGAUGGUGAUUGAACAGUGUUGGUGGUCCUACCCCCCUGACAUGAAGACUGGCAGGACCGAAGGGACCAUCUGCGGCUACUGCAUGCGCUACUAUUCGGCCAGGGUGAAACCGCAGGGCGUGUCUUUGGCGCAGUACAAAAAAAUCUUGGGUGCAGAAGAGAAGAAGCUCAAUUGCCACCAGCAAGCGGUCAGCGUCCUGAAGGAGCAGAUCAUUUCGAAGGGUUUGCCUCGGAACGCAAAGUUCGAGUGGGAACUGAUCGAGGAGAGGUCUUUGAAGAUCGUGAAGUCAAUGGAAAUGAACAUCAAGAAACCUGGCUGGACACACGUGCCCUGGGAUUUUUACACUACAUCGCCAGAAUACGGCAACGGGAAGGACUUGAACAACAACCCAGCGGGUAUAAGCGCAGGGCACCGCGAGUUCUUUUUCGAGGGCGUGCGGGGGGUGCUCAUCCCAGACAAGCCCAUCACUAAGAUCGAAUUCAACGAAAAGGUAGCUGGUCAAAUCGAGCAAACUUUAGCAUCGAGCGCGGGGGAUGAGUUGAGCAAAGAUGAGAUGGAGCAGAAUUUGCAGGGUUUGUCUAAGUCGUUCUUCAACGGCUAUGGCGGCGGCUUUGAUGGGGUAGCUGCGACGGGUGACAGUGCGGCCAGCUCCAGCUUCUCCGAGCUUAUGAACCUUGGCGGCUUUGGCAAGGCUGGCCGUAGCUCUUCUCCCCUGGCGAAGCCCAGUGCUGGCGCUGGCGGCGGUGCCACUCCGAGGUUUCCGAAGGGCUCGUUUCCGACAGGGGACAGCCCGUCGACGGCCCCUGAGCAGCAGCCCGACGACGCCCAGGGCCAUGGGGUUUCGUCUACGGCAGCUGGCAAAGCGGGCAAGCAGAGCAAGAUCAAGCUUGGGGGGAAACAGAAGGCGGCGGGUACGCAGCAGAAGAACAAAGACCCUGGCGAUGCCACCAUUCAGAAGGCGGAGACGCGCGGCAGGAAGCCGAAGGACCUCGGCGCCCAGCUCGAUGCCCUCGCGCUGGAGUUCGAGAGUGCUUCCUCGACGGCAACGGUGUACUGGGGGGCUGAAGCGAAGACAGGCAUGAAGCAGUUCGAGUUGCUGAACAAAGAGGCGCAGACCAGGGCGAAGAAAUCCAGCCGAGCCGAGGAGACCGAAGCUAUGCGUAAGAUUCUGAAGCGCACGAACGCUAUUCACGCGGUGCUGUCCGCGGCGCAGGAGCACGGGCUUGGCACCCAGGGCUUCGCGACGGCGUUCGACAUGAACGAGACCUCUUGCGCCCUCGACCCUCAGGUGACCGUCAAGUGGCCCAAGCACGUCUUAUGGGCGCGCCACAGGAUGCGCAUCAACGCGAUGGAGCACAAGCAGGCGUGGUACCAGAUGAUCGGCAUGAACACCAUCAUCAAGCACGGGUCUCAGAACCCUGUCAUUGACCAGGACCAGCUCGUGGGGGAGAAGGUCAUGGCGGUACUCAAGAAGAGCACUUAUCCCUUGUCGGUGGCCGCAGUGAAGGACUGGUUCGGCGACGCGGGCGAGGCCGACUUGGAGCAUGACCUUUCGGAGUUCGUGGCUGCGCUAGGGUUGGCUGCAACAUUCUCGGAGAUCGACACCAUCAGCGAGAGGGUGGAGUUCACCGUUCAUGCCAGCCGCGUCUUCGCGUCUCACAAGGCGAAAGGCACGUGGAGCGCCGAAGCAUUGUUUGGCCACCCGUACGGGAAGAAGUUGGCAGCGGAUUUGGAUUUGGAUUCGAAGAAGGCGAAGAAGACCGAAGAAGUUUCGAGUGAUCUGGAACGCAUGUCAUCGAGUAUGUCCGAGGCGCUGGGCAAGUGCGAUCCGAACAUCGUGGUAUGCGACGAUGCGGCGUUCAACUCAGUAUUGUCAUGCUUUGGUGCGCUGACUGAGCUUCUCGAUUCUUCCGCUGAUACAUGCUUGACUGAGUUCUUGCCGUCGACCGAUCUGCUCCGUUUCGACGACGUCGUGAAUGCUUGCUUCGUCGCGCUCCACUCUUUUCUAAAGAAACUUCAGGACAUCGCCGAUGAGAUGACCAUGGAAGCGCUGCUGAAGUGGGCCGCUGAGAUCGACUUCCCUGCCCUCAGGAUCGUCAAGUUCCACCGGAGCCUCGAGGCAAACAAAUACGUAAACAAGAACUGCGUGUCUUGGGAACAGUGCGAAUGGCUGCACGAGGUUGUUACGGCCCUGACCCGCGUGUGCCUGCAGGUAAAGAAAGGCUACGACGACCCCGCACUCUGUACAGAGUUGGCGUCAACCUUGGACUUCGCCUUCAGCAACACUCCCCCGCCGGGCUUGGAGGCGAUUCAGACCGUUCUGAGAAGGUCCCCCGUCUUUGCUGACGAUGGCGAGAUCAUGCGCAGUCUCGGCGGCAAGGCUGAUGAGGAGGUCGGAUCGGCCAUUGCUCCAAUACUGGCCCGUUUCCGCGAGUUCUUUCCAGAGCCGAAUGUCGUUUGCGACAUCACUGCUAAACAGGAAGUGUUCGCAACUGCUUCAUUCAACGAGGACAUGCAGAAGGCGAUGCGGGAGUUGCAGUCUGUUGACCCGCAGGUGCGAAUGCAGCUUAGCAUCAUGUCGCAGUCGGUGUCGCUGGCCAAAUCCGUAGGCUGCAUGGAGAAGGCCAUGAGGGCCCUCUCGUCCAGCAGCAGCGUUCGCCUCUCAUCUGAGACCUUGAAGGAGACGGCGGCCGCUGUCAAAGAUCUGCGUUCGUGGAGCGCCACGUACGCGACCACCAUCGGCAUGGACGGCGCGAAGACAUGCUUUGAACAGGGCGGUCGGUUCAAGUUCUUGGAGAAUGUCAUUGACAUGCAAACGUUCCCCAAAUCCUUGGUCGAUGCGGCCGACGAGUCUUUGAACGCUUCUGCUGCCGCAGUUGGCAAGCUGAUCGACGGGCACGUCGGGGCCAUGAACUUCAUCCCGACGGAGUGGGCGAACCACAAGGAGAAUCUCUUCGAUAAGGAGGACAUGUGCAUGCAGCUGAUCACGGUGCCGCGCGAUAGUUUCAAAAACAUCGGGUGUUUGUGCCAGGAGGCUCGCGCAGGCUACAAGGUUUUGAAGGGCGUCCACAACGAUGGCUGCAAGAGCGAGUGGAUCCCGAUCGCCAAGAUCAAGGAUUUGGCCAGGGCAGCUGACAUGGGGGUGCAGGUCGUGUGUUUCGCAUUCGCGGUCUGGCACGUGUGCCGCGGGAUGCCGAACCUGAAGGGGAACAAGGAGAGCAUCGAGGCCAGCGUCGAGUCCGUGCGCAAGAAGUUCACGAUGCACAAGGUGGAGGUGCCGUCUGCGAUCCAUAAGAUCUUGAAGGAGUUGGCGGGGGGCGAGAAGGAGGCCGACCACUUCAAGCUCGAGAUCCCCGAGGCCGCGGGCGCGGGCGGCAAGGUCAAGGCGGAGGAGGCCCACAAGCCCGCCAAGGUUGCGAAGACGGCGGUGGGCUUUGGCGCCCAGAUGGCCGAGGGAGCCAAGGAGCGGGCCGAGGGCGAGGGCGCCAAGGAGCAGGGCGCCGAGAAGCAGGCCGCGGGCGUCGAGGCCGCGGGCGGCGCCAAGCGGAGGCCCGAGCAGGGCGAGGACGCGGGUGGCGCCAAGGAGAGCUUGGCGAAGCGCUUGAAGGCGCGGCGGGAGAAGCUCGCAGCGGCGUGA